AUGGCAACGCUAACUAGUCUCCUGUAUUCUUUGGCAUUCUAUGCAACCCUUCUCAUCAUUCCCACAGCCUGCACCUGCAGCCUGGGUUAUGAUCUGGGGAAGCCGAAAAAUCAUGUGCCCUUCUUCAUCUUUGGCGAUUCCUUCUCGGAUGCCGGAAACAACAAUUACAUCAAUACCAGCACUAUCGUCCAGGCAAAUUACUGGCCAUAUGGAGAAACCUUAUUCCAGUACCCCGGUGGGCGCUUCUCUGAUGGUCGCCUAUCGGUGGAUUUUAUUGCGGAAUAUGCAAAUAUACCGUUCAUUCCACCAUUUCUACAUCCUGGCGUUCAUCGGUUCAGUGACGGAGCAAACUUCGCCUCUUCUGGAGCUGGUGUUCUUGUUGAAACCUAUCGAGGACUGGUAAUCAACCUCAAAACGCAGCUGAGCUACUUUAAGAAGGUGGCAAGAGGGUUGAAACAGGAACUGGGGGAUGAUGAAGCUAAGAAACUGUUGUCAAGAGCAGUUUACUUAAUUAGCAUUGGAAGCAACGAUUACAUGUUUCCUUUCUUGGCCAACUCCACCAUUCCAGCGUCCUCUCAGACACAAUAUGUGGGCAGGGUGAUUGCCAACUUCAGCAGUUUCAUACAAGAAAUAUACAAGAUAGGAGGCAGAAAAUUUGGUUUCAUCAGAAUAGGGACGUUGGGUUGUCUUCCAGCUCUAAGAAUAAUCAAACCAGAAAAUAAAGGAAGCUGCUUAGAAGAAGUCUUAACACUCUGCAAAUUACAUAAUAAAGCUCUAUCGAAACUCCUCAUAAAACUCGAGAGAGAGUUGGCAGAGUUCAAAUAUUCAAAUUACGAUUUCUAUACAUUCCUCAGCCAACUAAUGAAGUACCCCUCAAAAUAUGGUUUCAAGGAAGGAGAAAAUGCAUGUUGCGGUACAGGACGCUUUGGGGGAGUCCCCAGUUGCGGUGGAAGAAGAGCAGUGAAAGAAUAUCAGUUAUGUGAUGAUCCCAAUGACUAUGUGUUUUGGGAUUCUUUCCAUCUUACUGAUAGAGCAUACCAACAAAUGGCAGAGCAGAUGUGGAACGGAACCAGUCCUAUGGUGGAAGGAAAUUACAAUAUGAAGAGUUUCUUCGAGUCUGUUGCACCAUAA